AGACCCGAUGACUGAAGAAGAAGGAGCUACUGUAGUAUAGCAAUGAGAUUAACGUUUCUUUCCCACUUGGUUGCGUCACGUGAUUCGGUCGUUCGCUCGGGAACUGGAUUCCGUUCAUCCACACUGGCGCACUAACCUCGAUCACGGCUGGGAAUCCGAGGCGUGAUGAGGUGGUGGCGGAGGGACGCGUCGCCUCCUUCCGGCUGCGCCUUGUUAUUGGGAGAUGCGCGAGCAGGGAGGGAGGAGGAGGAGGAGGCAGCGAUAAUCCCCGCACAGACGGAGCUGCCGCGCCGCUGGCAGAGCUGCUCGCAGCGGACGUCGAGGGACCAUGGGUCCGCGCUUUUGCCGAGGCGUUGACUCUCCGGCAGAAGGAGACGCCGAGGAGUGACGGAGGCGCAGGACCGGCCGUGUGGUUGGCACUUGAGCGCGCGUCUCAUGCCGGGAGAGGAGCGCCGCGCCGGGCUGAUGCUGAGCUCGUGACCCUCGGAUGGUUUUCCUCGUGUUGCUGUCCCACCGCUGGAUUGUUUUUCCAGGGGAGGAAUCAUGAUCUUCGCCGACAUGACCUCGGGGACCAACUCCCCCAAAGCUCAUCCGCCGAACGGGACGCGGUUCUACACAUUCCAGGAGUUUGCGGCACUGACCAAGGAGCUGAACGCCUGUCGGGAGCAACUGCUGGAGAAGGAGGAGGAGAUUUCUGAGCUGAAGGCAGAAAGGAACAACACCAGGCUGCUCUUAGAACAUCUGGAGUGCCUGGUUUCCAGACACGAGCGCUCCCUGCGAAUGACCGUGGUGAAGAGGCAGGCCCAGUCUCCAUCAGGGGUGUCCAGCGAAGUCGAGGUCCUUAAAGCCCUCAAGUCCUUGUUCGAGCACCACAAAGCCCUGGAUGAGAAGGUGCGAGAGAGACUUCGCGUUUCGCUUGAGCGAGUGUCUGCCUUGGAGGAGGAGCUGACCGCAGCCAACCAGGAGAUUGUGGCCUUACGAGAACAGAAUGCUCACAUCCAGAGGAAAGUGGCAUCAGGAGACGGAGGAGAGGUUCUUUUGGAUGAAGCUCAGAAAGUCCACGGGAAGCGUCUGUCCAACGGUGGUCUGGAGCCGGCGCAUGAGGCCAGUCAGGUGGUGGAGCUGCAGGACCUGCUGGAGAAGCAGAACUACGAGUUGGCCCAGAUGAAGGACCGCAUGUCCUCGCUCUCCUCCCGAGUGUCGGAGGUGGAGCAGGAGCUGGAGACGGCGCGCAAAGACCUGAUCAAAUCGGAGGAGAUGAACAACAAGUACCAGAGGGACAUCAAAGAGGCAAUGUGUCAGAAGGAGGACAUGGAGGAGCGGAUCGUCACGCUGGAGAAACGCUACCUGAGCGCCCAGCGAGAGUCCACCUCCGUGCACGACAUCAACGACAAACUGGAGAACGAGCUGGCCAACAAAGAGGCCUUCCUCCGGCAGAUGGAGGAGAAGAACAGACAGCUGCAGGAAAGGCUGGAACUGGCCGAGCAAAAGCUGCAGCAGACAAUGAGGAAGGCAGAGACGCUCCCUGAGGUGGAGGCCGAACUGGCUCAGAGAAUCGCGGCGCUCACCAAGGCGGAAGAGCGUCACGGAAGCAUCGAGGAGCGGAUGAGACAUUUGGAAUGUCAGCUCGAGGAGAAGAACCAGGAGUUGCUGAGGGCGCGACAGAGAGAAAAGAUGAACGAAGAGCACAACAAACGACUCUCAGACACCGUGGACCGGCUCCUCACCGAGUCCAACGAACGACUCCAGCUCCACCUGAAGGAGCGAAUGGCAGCUUUAGAGGAAAAGAAUCUCUUGAUUGAAGACUCGGAGGGUUACCGGAAGCAAUACGAAGAGUCAAUACACGAGAAAUCUCAGCUAGCGGAGGAGAUCGAGAAGCUUCGAAAUGAGCUUGACCAGUUCAGACUGAGGGCAGGCUCCCUCACGGAACCCACACUGUCCAGGUCCCACUUGGACACUUCAGCCGAGCUGCGUUUUUCAAUGGGAUCGCUGGCCGAAACUCAGUCAGACCACUACCGCUCUGCCAAAGUUAUUCGCCGGCCGAGGAGAGGCAGGAUGGGUCUACGUGAAACUAAGGCCAAGUCGCUGGGAGAACAUGAAUGGCGCUCGCAGCAGCUCGGCGUGCUCGGUGGUCACCAUUUCGAGAGCGACACAGAGAUGUCGGACAUUGACGACGACGACAGGGACACCAUGUUCAGCUCCAUGGACCUGCUUUCACCCGGAGGACACUCAGACGCACAAACUUUAGCCAUGAUGCUGCAGGAGCAGCUGGAUGCUAUCAACAAGGAGAUUAGACUCAUUCAGGAGGAGAAGGAGUCAACAGAGCUGCGAGCCGAGGAAAUCGAGAAUCGAGUGGCCAGCGUCAGCCUCGAGGGCCUUAACCUGGCCCGGAUGCACCACCACGGCCCGUCGAUCACUGCUUCAGCCACAGCCAGCUCUCUGGCGUCGUCCUCACCACCCAGUGGGCACUCCACGCCUAAGCUGGACCCCCGGAGCCCUGCGCGAGACAUGGAGCGCAUGGGGGUCAUGACCCUGCCCAGCGAUUUAAGGAAACACAGGAGAAAGAUAGCAGCGGUGGAUGAAGAUGGCAGGGAAGACAAAGCCACCAUCAAGUGCGAGACGUCGCCCCCUCCGACGCCGCGCACGGUCCGAAUGACGCACACGCUGCCGUCCUCGCACAACGACUCCCGAGGGGUGGUUGCCUCGCUGGAGGCCGACGCCAGCACCCUGAGCAGCUUCGCCAGCAGCCAGGACUCUCUGCACAAGCAGCCCAAGAAGAAAGGCAUCAAGUCCUCCAUCGGGCGUCUGUUCGGCAAGAAGGAGAAGGGCCGCCUAGCGCACCUGGCGCACAGACAGGUCAUGGUGGACCCGCAAGCCACACUGAUGGACCCUGAUCUAGCAGGUCAGGACGUUGGAGUUGGCAAGCUGGGAGCUCAGGCCGAGAAGGACCGCAGGUUGAAAAAGAAACACGAGUUGCUGGAGGAGGCCAGGAGAAAAGGUUUACCCUUUGCCCAGUGGGACGGGCCCACGGUCGUGGCCUGGCUGGAGCUGUGGUUGGGAAUGCCGGCCUGGUACGUGGCAGCAUGCCGUGCCAACGUAAAGAGUGGCGCCAUCAUGUCGGCUCUGUCCGACACAGAGAUCCAGAGAGAGAUCGGGAUCAGCAACCCACUCCACCGCCUCAAACUUCGCCUUGCCAUCCAGGAAAUGGUCUCCCUCACCAGCCCGUCCGCGCCACCAACGUCCAGAACUCCUUCGGGCAACGUUUGGGUCACUCACGAGGAGAUGGAGACCUUGGCUGCUCCUUCAAAAGCGAAGUCCAAUUCUGAGGAAGGCAGUUGGGCGCAGACGCUGGCAUAUGGCGACAUGAACCACGAGUGGAUUGGGAACGAGUGGCUGCCCAGUCUUGGACUACCUCAGUACCGCAGCUAUUUCAUGGAGUGUCUGGUGGAUGCUCGCAUGCUGGAUCACUUGACCAAAAAGGACCUGAGAGUGCACCUCAAGAUGGUGGACAGCUUCCACAGGACCAGUUUACAGUACGGGAUCAUGGGUCUGAAGAAGCUCAACUACGACAGGAAGGAGCUAGAGCGGCGCCGAGAGCACAGUCAGCAUGAGAUGAGAGAUGUGCUGGUGUGGAGCAACGAGCGCGUGAUCCGCUGGGUCCAGAGCAUUGGCUUGAGGGACUACGCCAACAUCCUGCUGGAGAGCGGCGUGCAUGGCGCGCUGGUGGCCUUGGACGACAACUUCGACUACAGCAGCCUGGCUCUGCUCCUCCAGAUCCCCACACAGAACACUCAGGCCCGUCAGAUUCUGGAGAGGGAGUACAACAACCUGCUGGCGCUCGGGACGGAUCGGAGAUUAGAUGAGUGUGACGACAAAGACUUCCGAGGUCCGUCCUGGAGGAGGCAGUUCCCGCCACGGGAUGUUCACGGCAUCAGUAUGAUGCCGGGUUCCGCCGAGACGCUUCCCGCCGGCUUCCGUCUCACUGCAACGUCAGGUCACUCCAGGAGGCUCCCGCCUGAGGUCGGACCCUCAGCAGUGCAGCGCCUGGACAGCUCCACGGUGAGAACCUACUCCUGCUGAGAGGAAGCCAGGGACCUAGAAGUGUACGGUCUCCAGUUCUGAUGGGAGGCGCUGGACAGAGUCGCACCUGCCGGACACGCACUGCCAAGAAGCCCCUCACUUGCCUCCAGGGCACCUGUCGUCGGUGCUAAACCUCCCACUUUCUACCUUUUACAUGUACAGUCAGCACUUCUGCGGAGGUGUGGACGGCCUGUACAUUGAUAUAAAUACGCCAUUUUCUAAAGCUAUUCAUGGAUGUAAACAAAAGAAAGCUAUUGUGUGCGGAGACCAGCCGCCUCAUGUAGUGGACCAUAGGUGACAUAUGCUGCUCUCAACCUCACCUCCUCGCCAGUCUCUCUGUGUGUUGCUUUCUUUCUUUCCAUCGUGAUGAGGAUGAGGAUGAUGAUGAUGCAUCUCCGCCCUGGUUGCUGUGAAGGCCACGGUUUGAAGCAUCUGCUACUUCCUCAGCAUUUAAACUGGCAAAAGCACUUUGAUUUAAAAAAUUAAAAAUGAAAAAACGGAUGUUGCCGGUUUGACCUCGAGUCCUUGGAGAGCGAGCGAAGGUUUCUCCAUCUGCCAUGUUGGUUUUUGACUCCGCCCCCUCCCCCUUCCUUUGCCACGUACCGACGCUUCAGCUCCUCGUGUGUGUUGAGUGUUUCUGACCGUGUGAGGUGACCACAUGUUGCUCGAUGUGACUCUGUGUCGCUGAGUCGUUCCACUGUUUUUACAUCAACAAUUUGCACGAACGAUGAGUCUUUUUAUUUAAAGUCCAUGUUUUUUAUUUAUUACUUCUUGUACUUUGGUCAAGUGGUGAAAAGGGUUUUCAUUGUCAAUAAAAUAAAACUCAGUGAAUCAAGUUUGAUUUUUCUUUUUUUUUUUAACUCAGGAUGAAAGGGCUUGCAGGUAUGUUCAAGAGGCUUUAUGAAGCUUCAUGAAACACUGUCCUUAUUUUCAGAGCUCAGCGGGUGGCGCUGCUGCUUUAAAAAUGGUGUGAGGUGUCAUUGAAGUGGUUGUUAAAAUCCAAGGAUUUUUGAGCAGAUAGUGCCAUCUAGUGGGCUCUGAAGAUGAGGACAGUGUUUCAUGAAGCCUCACAC